UUAAUUCUCACAAUUAAUAGUAGAAUAAAUUCAAAUUAAUCUUAGAGAUAAAAAUGGUCUCUGCUCAUCUUAUAGCAACAGUUCUAUGUUGUGUAGUAUUUGUUCUUGGAGGGUUACCCUUCUCCUCAGAUGCACAACUUGAUCCAUUGUUUUACAGCAAAACUUGUCCUAAUUUGCAAUUUAUUGUCCAUAAAGCUGUUUGGAAAGCUUCAUUAAAGGAUCCUCGUAUUUUUGCCAGUCUUGUUAGGCUUCAUUUUCAUGAUUGUUUUGUUCAGGGGUGUGAUGCAUCAGUUUUGUUAAACAACACGGAUACAAUAGUGAGCGAACAACAAGCUUUCCCAAACAAUAAUUCCUUAAGAGGUUUGGAUGUUGUGAACAAAAUCAAGACAAGAGUGGAAAAAGCUUGCCCUGAUGUGGUUUCUUGUGCUGAUAUUCUUGCCUUAGCUGCUGAAGCGUCUACAUUUUUUUCAUAUGGUCCUUAUUGGAAAGUUCCACUUGGAAGGAGGGAUAGUCUCACAGCAAACCGAACACUUGCUAAUCAAAAUCUUCCGGCUCCUUUCUUCGCACUAGAUCAACUUAAAGCAGCAUUUGUUGCUCAAGGCCUCAACACUACUGAUUUAGUUGCACUUUCAGGGGCGCAUACAUUUGGUAGGAGUCAUUGCUCUCUAUUUGUUAACCGAUUGUAUAACUUCAAUAAUACUGGCAAACCCGAUCCAACUCUUAACACAACAUAUUUAAAAAAACUUAUCAAAAGAUGCCCUCAAAAUGGAACUGGCACUAACCUCACAAAUUUGGACCCAACCACCCCAAACAAAUUCGACAACAACUAUUACUCUAAUCUCAAGAUUGGCAAGGGCUUGUUUCAGAGUGACCAAGAAUUGUUCUCAACACCUAAUGCAGAUACCAUUAGCAUCGUCAACAAAUUCAGUAAUAACAAAGAUGCUUUCUUUGAUAGCUUUAAGGUGUCUAUGAUCAAAAUGGGUAACAUUGGUGUGCUAACAGGGAAUAAAGGAGAAAUACGAAAACAAUGCAAUUUUAUUAACAAAAAAUCUACAAAGGUAGAUAUUAACAUUGUGGCCUCCAAAGAAUCACCAGAGGAGGGUAUGGUUAGCUCAAUCUAAUCAAAUUAUAAAAACUUGUGUACCAAACUUUGUGAUUGAAUACCACUAAUAAAGAGGUUAUUUAUGUUUUUAUAGUGACAAAUGUUAGUUGUUAUUUUAUAAGUGGAGGAAUUGAACUCAUGAUAUUGUUUAUCACUUCAAUCCUUAUGUUGUAUGCUAUUGUUAUAUGAGUGAAUUUUUCUUGUAACCUAAAUAAAUCGUGUAAUUUAUUGUUCAAAAUCAA